GCCGUCCAGGUUGCUCCGCAUCUGACCUUGAGCAACGGAGAGAAGCUAAACCCUCGGGUCUCGGGACGCCGCCGCGCCGUCUCAACUCUCAAUCCACGCCGAUCUCAAGCCACGUCUCCGGCGAUCUUCUGGCAUGUCUUCAUCGAGGAGGAUUAACAGGGUCGUGCUGAGGAAGCACGUCCCGAUCUUCGAUGCCGAAGAAAAAGAGCAGGAGAACGCGAUCCUCGCCCGCGCGACCAAGGAUUGGGCGGGCGUCAAGGACGGGUCCUGGAUACUGGACCAGUUCUCCCUCGACGCGCACCUCGUCGAGCCGCCGGAGCUCUCCACCUUGUACGUGCGUGCCAAGAUCGAGGCCCGGGAGCGCGGAAUCAAGUGCAUCUUCGAGUCCAUGGCGGAGAACUUCAUCCUCAUGAGGCUGCUGUUGGGCGACAGGGAUUAUGGGCUCGUCUACGACGGCGCCAAGAACACGCUCUCGCUGCUCCCCCGCGUCCCCGGCGCCAACACGAAUUACUUCAUGGCCUGCCUCAUGACGCCCACGGUCUUUCCUGUGCCCUUCGAACUCCUGGAGCGGCCCGCCGUCCUGCCACGCAAGGACGGCUCCUACGAUCUGCUCAACGUGGGGUUCUUCUGGGAAAGGUACGAUGGAGGGUGGCAGUGGAGCGGGAGGGGCAUUCUCUUCCGGUGGUCGAGCCGUGGCCCUGCCGAGUGGACGAAGCAGGUGGCGCGUCUCAGCCCGCAGAUCCGGCUUCCGCGUGAACACCCCGAGCGGCCGUUGCACGAAGCAGACGUGGUCUUCACUUUCAAAGGGAAGGUUUUCUGGGCCGACCUUCUCCAUGGCGCCAUUGUCUGCGACAUGAUCUCCGCCGGUACCAGGGACGACGACCACGUGGAGCUGGAUCUCCCAGAGGAGUGCCAAGGGCGUGACUUCUGGAACAGCUGCCCCAACCCCAAGGAGCAUCGGACCAUGGGCCCAGUCAGGGACUCCAUAAAGUUCAUCUCCAUCGUCACUGCCGACGGUGAGACCCCCCGUGACAACACGCGCCCUGCCGACGUCGUGCUGCGGAGCUGGACUCUGGCGCCGGAUCUUCGCUCCUGGACGAGAGACGACGACAUGGAGCUGCCCUUGACGCUGCUCCUGGAAUCGGAAGCCUACAAGUGCCAGGGGCUGCCGGUCGCAGUGCCGCAGCACCCAUAUCUGAAGCCUGACGAGGAGGGUGUCCUCUACCUCUCGCUGGGAGAUUACUACGUCGACAAGAGAAGAAGGCCACGACUAUGCAUGAAGGUUGAGUAUCUGAUCAGCAUCGACAUGCGCAGGAAGUCUCUCCUGUUCCACAGCCACAUCAAAGAUGGGUUCGCACCGCCCAAAGGAAAAAUGAAUCGUCUGCUAUAGAUGGUACUUUGAAUCUGAAUUUAUUACUAUACUAUACUCCUAUAUGAUGUUAAUUUUUUUUUGCGACUGCUAUAUGAUGUUAUUUAAGCACGUCGUAUUAGUGUAUUUGGCAACCAAGUGAUGAUUCUAGUUAUACUAGCAUUCAUCUGUAGCUCAUCUUUUAAGUAUUUGGCAACCAAGUGAUAAUUCUAAUCUAGUUAGCAGAAUUGUCAAGAUGCAAACGAUCGGUGGCCCA